AUGAAGGCAUCACGCCAACCAACCUUUCAAGAGACGCUCGUCGUGCCAGAGACCGCAAACAGGAACCAUGUCGCCCUACACCCCGACUUUAACGAGAACGGCGAUGUCUUGAUCGUCUGCACCGAGGUCGAACAGCAGGUCGGGUUCCUCGUCAACGGCAGCAUGAUGCGUAUGGCAAGUCCAGUCCUCACCCAACUUCUGGGCCCAGCUGAACCCGGCCCCCCAAAGAUCCUUAGAGUCGACGACAGCGUACACGACAUGCACGCCUUCCUGCGCCUCCUCCGCUUCGCCGCCCCCUCAAAUGGCUACCCACCACCCUUCGACCCCAACAUUGCCCAAUACGCUGGCAUCCACCGCCUCGCCCAAAAGUACAAUGGGUGGUAUCCCCGCGCCGUCCUCGACUUCCACGUCGAACUGCACGCCGCCCAGAUCGUCGACGACCUCGGUCCGAACGCAAGCAAGGGGGACAUGUUCGCCCUCCUCCGUUUAGCCCACGACUUGCACUCGAGUUAUCUCUGGAGCCAAGUCUGCGACCGCCUGCGCUUCAAUAAGUGGUGGCAUGCGAUCCUGAAUCCGUGGCAGUUUAGCGAAGAAGACACAAUCGCCCUCGGUCCAAGUAUUCAUUCCAUCCUCUCUAUUCUGGCCAGCGUCAGCUCGAGGACCCGCCUAUACUCGAACCUCGAGGAACUUUGCGUCCUCUAUACCGACGAGGGAGAAGUCAGCGUUGCGGCUGCCGAGAGACCGGCUCCAGGAUCGUGCCCGUGCGGCGCGACGCGCUACGCAUAA